AUGCAGCCAGCGUUGCUUCUCGGCCUCCUGGGAGCCGCGGUAGUGGCUGCUGUCAGUUCUAUCCCAGUGGAUAACAGGGACCACAAUGAAGAAAUGGUGACUCGCUGCAUCAUUGAGGUCCUCUCAAAUGCCCUGUCGAAGUCCAAUGCUCCACCCAUCACACCUGAGUGCCGCCAAGUCCUGAAGAAGAGUGGAAAAGAGGUCAAAGAUGAAGAGAAAAGUGAAAAUGAAAACAAAAAGUUUGAAGUAAGAUUGUUAAGAGACUCAUCUGAUGCCUUAGAAACCCACACGCCCUCCAGUAGGGAGGAAGCAGGAGCCCCAGGGGAGGAAGACCCAACAAAGGAAGAUCAAGAGAAAGGGGCACAGGGAGGUGGGCACAGCAGAGCGGAAGCCGGCGAGAUCCAAGGGAGCCUUUAUCCCUCUGACAGUCAAGCCUCCCAAGAACCAAAGACACACCAUUAUAAGAAGAGUGAAGAAGGAGACAAGGAGGAGGAAGGAGAAAAAUACCAGAAAAGGGAGCGAGGGGGAGAUGCCAGUGAAGAGAAACACAUGAGAGAGUCAGAAGAGACACAAAGCAUCUUCCCGAACAAAAGAAACCAAGCUACAUUUAAAAAUAAAGAGGAGUUAGUGGCUAGAUAUGACAAACCCUCUGUAAGGCACCCUGAGAAAGAGACACACAGCCGGGAGGAGACACACAGCAGGGAAAGGAGCAGUCAGGAGAGUGGAGAGGAGGGGGGAAAGACCCAAGAGAAAUACUCCCAAGAGUCUAAAAGCCAAUCUGAGAGCCAGGAAGAAUCUGAGGAAAGUGAGGAAGACACUUUUGAAGUGGCCAAACGACGACCAAAACACCACCAUGGGAGGAGCAGGCCCGACAGGUCCUCUCAAAAAGGAAAGCCUUCUUCUGAGGAAAGGAGACACUCCCUUGAGAGAUCUGAGGAGUCAAACGUGGGCAUGGCCAGUUUAGGGGAGAAGAGGGCCCACCAUUCAACCCACUACAGGGCUUCAGAGGUAGAACCCAAAUAUGGAGAAGUGAGGAAUCACCCAGGUGGCCAGGCUCUUGAGAAUGUGGAGGGGGAACAAUAUGAAGGCAGAGGAAGUGAGGAGUACCGAGCACCAAGACCUCAAAGUAAGGACAGCCAGGAGGAGGUGGACAAGAGAAAUCACCCCAGCUCUGAGCUUGAGGAGAUGGCACACGGAUAUAGGGAUGGCAGUGAGGAAGUAAGGGGUUAUGAAGGGGAAAAGGGACUGCAUCAUCAAGGCAGGGACGAGGACCCCAGUGCAUAUUCUGCUACUAACACCAGAGAAGAGAAAAGGUUCUUGGGAGAAGAAUACCACCAUGUUCAAGAAAGCCAGGAUGACAAAGCAAAGAGACAUCCACAGGCUGAGUGGAAAGAGCAAGACAGAAAUUACCUCAACUAUGGUGAGGGGAAUGGUGAAGAAGAAGUUCAAGGCAAGUGGCAGCAGCAGGAGGACCUGAAAGACACCAAAGAGAGCAGGGAAGAUGCUAGGCUUCAAGACAAACAAUAUGCUCCCCAUCACACUGCUGAAAAGAGAAAGCAAUUAGGGGAGAUGUUCAAUGUGUACUAUGACCCUACCCAGUGGAAGAGCAGGCAUUUUGAGAGAAAGGACAACAUAGAUGACGAUUUUCUUGAGGGUGAAGAGGAAAACGGGCUGACCUUGAAUGAGAAAAAUUUCUUCCCAGAAUACAACUAUGAUUGGUGGGAGAAAAAGCCUUUUGCGGAUGAUGUGAACUGGGGAUAUGACAAGAGAAACAUUGCCAGGCCACCCAAGCUGGAUCUGAAAAGGCAGUAUGACAGAGUAGCUGAACUAGACCAGCUCCUACACUACAGGAAGAAGGCAGCUGAAUUUCCAGACUUCUAUGACUCUGAGGAGCAGCUAAGCACACAUCAAGCAGCAGGAAAUGAACAGGACAGGAUGGACCAGAGAGUUCUGACAGAAGAAGAGGAAAGAGAACUUGAAAACUUGGCUGCGAUGGAUAUGGAGCUACAGAAAAUUGCUGAGAAGUUUAGUGGUAACCGAAGGGGCUAA